AUGAUUGGCACACUCCGCAUGCACGGGGUGCCGUGGGUCGGGAAGUCCAGAGUUGGCAAGAGCAACGGUUCGAAAACGCUUGCUUGGGUUCAUUCGGCGCACAGCAUACAGAAGAAGGGCGCCGCCGAUGAGAUCGCUUUCCUGACGGUGAAGCACGUGGAUUUCUUCAGGUGCGAGCCAACGACGGAGAUCCUCCCUGGCAUUUUCGACGACGUUGGCAAGAGCAACGGUUCGAAAACGCUUGCUUGGGUUCAUUUGGCGCACAGCAUACAGAAGAAGGGCGCCGCCGAUGAGAUCGCUUUCCUGACGGUGAAGCACGUGGAUUUCUUCAAGUGCGAGCCGACGACGGAGAUCCUCCCUGGCAUUUUCGACGACGGCCUGCUUCAGAAGGUAUCCGCUGAUGUGCUCAAGGCUUUCUUGAACCCCAAGGGAGAGCACGCUCUGCUGUGGGCUCGGUGGGGCGGCUGCGCUUUCGAGCAAGGGCCGUGCAGACAGGCCGUCGCGAACCCCUACGACCGCGACGCGGAGAAGGCGGCGCUGGACGCCGCGACGCUAAACGAGUACGGCCUCGACCUGCUCAAGCGUAUCAUCGCGCCGUCUCUGGGGGAUGUCAGGACAGAGGAGGACUUCCACGCCGUCCUCGCCAGGGCGCACGUGAUCGUGGUGACGGACCUCGGCGUGCAUUGGCGCGUGGCAUCCGCCAACCUGCAGGAUGGUGCAGAGUUCAUGCCGUGGCCCAACCCCAGGAGCCCCGACCUCUUCGUCAGCGAAGUGCGGGACACGACGUCGCCAGCCAUCCGCCCGCUCCCCUCAGACUACGCCGAAAAGAUGGCUUGGUCGAUUGGGUGCAUGAGCAAUGUGGUCGCGGGCCUUGACGUGCCCACUAUUGCGACUGUCCAUGUUGCUCCUAUCUUCGGCGAUGGCCCUGCGCGCGUUGUCUCCGCUGUCGGCAACGUUUCAGGGUUCGAUCCAGGCGCGGCCAGCGCUCCGCCAGCCGCCGCGGCCGCUUCGGCGUUUCCCCAGCCGCCAACCGAGUUGUCCCAGGAGGAGGCCGCGUUCGGCUUCGGCGGCGGAAGGGGCGAACCGCCAGAAGACAGCUCGCGCGCCGCCAGCUCCGCGCAGCCCAACAUCGCUGGGCGUUGCGGCGAGCUCACCUAG